UUGGAUCACUUGCAGAUGCCGAAAGAGCCAGCAAAAUGGAGAGGUGUUAUGAAUGCUACCCAGUUCAGUGCAUUAUGUGUGCAAAGAAUGGAUUCUCUAGCUACUGAUCCAGAACGACAUGCUGCUCAUUUUUCCGAAGACUGUCUAUAUUUGAAUGUGUUCUCGCCAACCCCUUACCAGUACACUAACGAUACCUACCCUGUCGUUGUGUUCAUACAUGGAGGAGAUUUCCAGUCUGGAGGAGGUAGCGACUAUCCACAACAGGCUAUCCUCGAUAAUUUUGUUUCGAGAAAAAUUAUCUUUGUUACAUUCAACUACCGUCUUGGACCACUUGGGUUUCUGUCAACGGGUGACAAAAUUCUGCCUGGAAAUGUCGGCCUCUGGGAUCAAAUAUGGGCCCUCAAAUGGGUUAAUGCCAAUGCAGAAGUUUUUGGAGGAGAUCCUGGAAACAUUCUUCUCAUGGGGUCAGGUAGCGGAGCGGCGUGCGCCUCAAUUUUGGCAUUAUCACCGAGAGCAGAAGGCCUUUUUCACAAGGUUCUGCUAAUGUCUGGAUCAGCGCUUCAGCCGGGUGUAGUUCGAGACACUGCUAUCAAUGCCACAUGGGCUCUUAAUGAAAAAAUGCAAUGCAGAUCUUUUAAUUCCUCUGAGCUCUUGGGGUGUUUUCGAAAAAGGAUGCGAGAAGAAAUUUUGGACUAUAAGCGUCUGCAUUGGGACGAUUAUCAAGAAUUUGUUCCUGUUGUCGACGGAGCUGGAGGGGUUAUUCCUGACGUACCUGAAGAUCUUGCAAAACACAGAAAAAAAAUGCCAAUGAUGAUUGGCACAACACGAGACGAGAGCUCACUACGAAUUCUGAUACUCAACGAGAAGAACGUCAACUUUAGUGCACUGAACACUCCAUUGGCCGAAAAACUUGCAGAUAACCUCACAAUGGGCUACAAGCAAUUUCAAAAUCAUCGUCUAAUUGCAGAGGGUUGUAAGGCGCAAUAUGUGUGGACUAAAGUAGAUCCAUCAAUGUCUGAGAAUAUCUUGUUUGACUCAGUGCUCAAAAUGUACUCUCACUUUUGGUACGAUGCGCCUGUUUCUCGAUUAGCGACUUACUACGUGAAGCAAAGGGCUCCGGUGUUCUUGUACUCCUUCGAUCACAUUAGCGAAAAUUUCUAUGGUUACGAUCGGGCAUUUCAUGGCGCUGACAGGUUGCACUUAUUCAACAUCACACCACGUUUUCUUAGUCGAAGAAAGGACAGAAAUUGGCAACUUGACCAGAGAGUCGUGGAGAUCUUUGCUGAGCUGAUUGUCAACUUUGCACGACAUGGGUACCCAACUCCUGAAAGAUCAGGAUUUUCCUUUAACUGGACUUCGACCAAUGCCCAAGAACUGAAUUAUUUAUCAAUAACGGAUAGUCCUACUAUGGAAGUUGGUUAUCGGUGGCAGGGCCAUGUAUUCUGGAAUUGGUACGCUCGUUCAUUGGAUGCCGUAGAUGUGGGUAACCUGCAGCGAAUAGCGCAACUUGAUAGAGAUAUCGGAAAUUGGCAGUUUGCAACAGCUAUGCUAGCCUUCUGUUCAUUAUUCUUCUUCACAAUCCUUGUUGGGCUAGCCUGCUAUUGCACAAGGAAGGAGUCUGAGGAUGAUGAGUUGUAG